AUGAAUGAUCUCGAGAGCAAUAAUGAUAAUGAUUCAAUCCCAUCAACCUCUAUGUUGUUCACGGACGUUACUCCCAACAACAUUCGUCCUGAUCCACUCACAUCCGAUCAAAUCUACUCUGGCUGCUUCCAAAUUACCGAUCUCCUCUGUCGCUCCAAGCCAGUCGGAUAA